CAAUUUCACAUCACUAUCAGUUGCAAGUGUGAAGUGCAUUUUGUGUGCUAUUUGUAUUAUUUUUUUGUUGAUGAAUGAUGUUCACUUGGAUUUAGCGGAAACAAAUCCAUAGAUAGAGUCUGAAUUUUUAGGUGUUUGUUGGUGAAUUUUAUAAAACAGUCUAGAAAAUUAUAGCGUGGAUGAUUCAUGACAUCCAUUGGAUAUAAGGAUGGGCUUUGAAAUCAAAAGAUUUCAAGGUGACGUUGACGAAGAACUUAUUUGUCCCAUUUGUUCAGGGGUUCUAGAAGAUCCAUUACAGGCACCUGCUUGUGAACAUGCGUUCUGUCGUGCCUGCAUAACUGAGUGGAUAAGUCUCCAGCCAACUUGCCCAGUAGACCGGCAGGCAGUCACAGCAAGUCAACUAAGACCAGUUCCAAGAAUCCUACGUAACCUACUUUCAAGAUUAUGUACAAGCUGUGAUAAUGCACCACAUGGUUGCAAUGCUGUUUUAAAACUGGAUUCUCUUGUUUCUCACUUAGUGGAAUGUGAAUUCAAUCCAAAGCGGCCAAUGCCUUGUGAAGCUGGCUGCGGUCUUGUUAUACCCAAAGAUGAGUUAGCAGACCACAAUUGUGUGCGUGAGCUGCGAGCUCUUAUAACCACACAACAGGGGAAACUGACAGAGUACCAACAGGAGCUAGCUGAACAGAGACUUAUUAUCAAUGAACAUAAGCGGGAAUUAGCUUUGCUAAAGGAGUUCAUGCGGGCGAUGCGUGUCUCCAACCCAACGAUGCGUGCGCUAGCCGAUCAGAUGGAGCGAGAAGAAGUGAUACGCUGGGCAAACUCACUGUCACGGGCGAGAGUCACACGCUGGGGCGGUAUGAUCUCCACACCUGAUGACGUCCUGCAGGUGAUGAUGAUCAAGAGAAGUUUAUCGGAGUCAGGAUGUCCCCCUCACAUAAUAGAUGAUCUGAUGGAAAACUGCCAUGAAAGGAGAUGGCCACCAGGCCUCUCCUCACUAGAGACUAGACAAAAUAAUAGAAGAUUGUAUGAAAAAUAUGUAUGUAAGCGAGUGCCUGGAAAGCAGGCAGUAUUGGUGCUCCACUGUGAUAAUACACAUGUCGACGAACACAUGAUGGUUGAGCCCGGGCUUGUCAUGAUAUUCGCUCAUGGCAUAGAAUAGUCAUAGAUAUUAAGUCGGUCAGCGUUCAUCAAACUACUGCAUUUUUCAAAAUUAUGCUAUUUAGAAGGCUGAUACUGGGAAAUUUCCGGAUAAAGAAGCACGGACUAGAGAAUUGAGGCGAUAAAAUUUGGACUGUUAAUUUACGCAAAGCAAAUAACCAUGACUGUUGAAUACACUCUUUGGAGUUGUGUUGGUUUAUUGUUUAUGAAUAAACAAAAAUCAUGUUAAGAUUUUGGAUAUGGAUGGCACGUUAUAAAGCAUAUUGAAAGCUGAAUAAUACAAAAGUUGUAUAUUUGAAAGAGAUUAAAUGAGGCACUGAAAAACGAACAUUCCGUUAUGAUACGGCGUUUGACCUUAGUAUAUAACAUCAUAACAUUUGUAUAAUAAAGAGUGCUGUGUUGUUAGUUUUUAAAAACUAGUAAUAGAUUCUUUAAUAAAGUACGCAAUCAUAUUGCUAUUGAAAAAAAAAACAAAUUAUUGUGUAAUUAUUUUAAAAACUGAUUUCUCAUAAUACCAACGAAAUAACUUUAUGAUACAUAGUUACUCAUACAUGUUUAUUUUAUCAACAGAUAUUUGUUUCAAUAAAUUUUUAUUUUUAGCUCAAUUGAGAUAAAUAAUUAUCAUUAAAAUUGUUUUUUCCAAAA